AGACUGCUUGAAGUCAGAGUGCUGUGGAGUACAAACAGUUUUGAAGCGUUUUAGGUGUAAAUAUUCCUUUCUGAAAGUCGACUUUGAUGUGUUCAGGUCUGCUUUGUUUCCCUGUACGUUAGUUGUAGGUUUCCGACAAAGAAUCAGAUCCGACUGAGUAAAUCACUUGUGGAAGUUAAUUGUUCAGGGAGAAAGCUGGUCUGGCUCAUUUUGCCUCUGUCACAGGAAGAGACAGAGGUGGUGUACUGGAUCUGCGUUCUAAACCAAGCACUGACGCGACUUUAAUUUUGAUCAGAUGUCUCUCUUCAGGGCACUAAAGAAAACUUUUGCAGUAGUUAAAAAGAGCCUCUUCUCUAAAGAAACGACUGAAGCAGUGAGGAUGGAAGCCACUCAGAUUAAUAUGUCCCGCGUCCCGCUGGUUAACGGAGGCAUCAGCACUGCGCUCAAGGCACACAAACCCCGUGUGAUGUCCAAAAGUGGUCACAGCAAUGUGCGCAUAGACAAAGUUGAUGGCAUUUACCUACUCUACCUUCAAGAUUUGUGGACUACAGUUAUAGACAUGAAGUGGAGGUACAAACUCACCUUAUUUGCUGCUACAUUUGUUAUGACCUGGUUCCUCUUUGGAGUUAUCUAUUACGCCAUUGCAUUCCUUCACGGAGACUUAGAAAUAAACAAGUUCACCUCAAAGCGGGAGCCAUGUGUCAAGAAUGUAGAUUCUCUUACGGGGGCAUUCCUCUUCUCUCUGGAGUCGCAGACAACCAUUGGCUAUGGAUUUCGUUUCAUUACAGAGGAGUGUCCACACGCCAUUUUCUUGCUCGUGGCCCAACUGGUCAUCACCACCUUGAUUGAAAUCUUCAUCACAGGUACAUUUCUGGCAAAAAUUGCAAGACCUAAAAAAAGGGCAGAAACUAUUAAGUUCAGCCACUGUGCUGUCAUUACUAAACACAACGGAGAACUUUGCCUGGUGAUCAGGGUAGCAAACAUGAGGAAGAGCCUUCUGAUACAGUGCCAGCUCUCUGGGAAGCUUCUUCAGACAUAUGAAACCAAAGAAGGGGAGAGAAUCCUGCUUAAUCAAGCCAGUGUCAAGUUCAACGUUGACUCCUCUUCAGAAAGUCCAUUUCUCAUUUUGCCUUUAACGUUCUACCAUAUUUUGGAUGAAAGCAGCCCCUUAAGAGAUCUCACACCUCAAAAUCUCAAGGAUAAGGACUUUGAGCUUGUGGUGCUCCUGAAUGCCACAGUGGAGUCCACCAGUGCUGUCUGUCAAAGCAGGACUUCCUACAUACCUGAUGAGAUCCACUGGGGUUAUGAAUUCGUGCCUGUGGUUUCUCUCUCUCCAAAUGGAAAGUAUGUGGCAGAUUUCAGUCAGUUUGAGAAGAUCAGGAGAAGCACAGAUUCUUCUUUUUAUAGUGUGGACUCAGAAAAACAAAAAUUAGAGGAGAAAUACAGGCAGGAGGAUCAAAGAGAGAGGGAACUAAGAACAAUGUUGUUACAGCAGAGCAAUGUUUGAUUGAACGGACAAACUAUCUUGAUAAAUUCUUUCUGAAAACUGAAAAAAAAAACAAACCAAAACAAAACAUUUUUUCCUCUACUGUAUGUCUAUUAUAAAACCAGCGGUGAAGACUUUUUCAUAAAAUAGCUUUGGUGUAGAGUAAACCUAUCCCUUUGUUUGGCUGAGUUGUUAAUCAAGUAUUUUAUAAUUAGGUGGGAUUUCUUUGUUCAUGAUCUUAGCAAAGUUGGAUUUGUAUCUAGUCUCUGCCUCAUACCAACACUAAAAGCAAACACACCACUUUCUGUUUGGAAAGUGAAACUGGAUGCAUAGUGCUGAUUCCUUCAAAUAUUUAUUUGACAAACUUUUACUGUGAGCAGAGACAGCACAUAGUACUGCUGAAAGAAAAUGUGCUCUCUUAAAAAAUUGCAUACUUAAAAUGUAUAUUUUCAUACCAGGUCUUACCUUUGUGGCAAUUCCUGGUGAGGAAAAUCAGAGAGACAAAUCGUCAACCAUGGGAAGAGCCUGCAGGGAAAGGAUAAACUACUUCUUAAAUCUUGAAGGAGAGUGGCGGAGUAGUUGUGCUGGGCGAUCUGGAAGGGAGCCCUCUUUCUCUGCUGCACAGAACGUGUUUUGUGAUCAUUCACUUUUUUUAACCUUGUUGAUGGCUGAUUCAUAGAAAAAAAAAAAGGAGUUAAGGGCAAGAUGCACAGAAUUGUAACAGUAAUCAACUAAGGUUAAAGCUGGCUUUGAGACACCUGUUUUUUAUCCAGUGUAAAUAGUUUGUAACAGCAGCAUAACAAUACAUUUCUACAGAUUGCUUGCUUUGCUAUAGACCGUAUUUAAUUUGGUUAAAAGAAAUCUGUAUAAUGCCUGUAGACAAUAUUUACUUUCUCUGGCAACCAUAAAGGACAAGCAUUCCUUUCAUCCAUUUCAUUUUUGGUCUAUUAAAACCAUUCCACUAAUAAAGGAAUUUAAUUUGA